AUGGAGCCGAAACGCCUCCCUCGCCUACCAAGUGAGAUCAUCCUUCUUAUUGCCAACUAUCUGGACCCUCAGGACCUCCUCCUUCUUCUACAUGCCAUACCAGCUAUCGCACCUUUGCUGAACCAUGCUCAUCUAAGAUCUGUGGAUAGUGAAGGCAACACCCUGCUUCAUCUGGUGGCAGAGUACAACAUUGACAAUGUGAUCAGCCGACUGAGCCCAACCACCGCAGCCAAGAGCAUGGUCGGAAACAACGCCGGUCAGAAACCGCUCCACAUCGCGGUCAAAAAAGGCCACCAUGGCAUUGUUCGAGAACUGCUAUCGACGGGAUGCGAUCCAUCCCCGACGGACAAGCACUUUCGAGCCCCCCUGCACUAUGCUUGCCUGACCGAGCAAGACAUAACCAUGGUGCAGCUGCUCCUGGCUCAUGGCGCUGACCCUUCGGCAAGAGACAAAGAGGACCGCACCCCACUGCACAUAUGUUGCACCAACGGGCAGGCUGCACUGCUGAAGACUCUCAUCGAUGCCGGCGCCGACAUCGAUGCCCCGGAGAACGGAGAGGUGGACCUCGGAGCGGAAGGGCAAACCCCAUUACACAAUGCAAUACUGCGUGGACAGACCGAGUGCGCGAAGAUUGUUUUGGAGGCUGGGGCCGAUCCGAAUGUGGCAUAUGGGACUGGACAGCGCAUUAUGAACUCCGCAGUGUUUGGGGGCCAGACGGAACUCGUGCAACUGAUGCUGGAAAACGGAGCCGACGUGAACGGGGCAGACCGCCCGGGAAUGACGCCCUUGAUGUACGCUGCUACCAUAGACAGAGAGCAAAUCGCGCAGGUCCUGUUGCGUGCUGGAGCAGAACCAAACAUACGAGGACCUCGUGGCGGCGUGGCUCUCCACGGUGCGGCCAGGUCAGGCCUGCCGGCGAUGGCGAAGUUGCUGCUCGACGCGGGCGCUGAUCCUUCCAUUACAGAUACUUCGGGCUUUUCCCCGUUAGAUUAUGCUACGAGGGAGGAAGCGAUUCGUGGGGAGUGGGUUUCAACCCCGGGACAUGAGUCGGUGGUCAAACUGCUGCAACAGGCACAGGGACGAUCAUAG